AUGGCAUCUGUGAUAGAAGGUCAACCCCCAUGUUCAUUGGUUCAAAACUUUUGGAUAGUAAGUACCAGCGGUGAAUUCAUAGAAUGCAGACCGUGCCCAGACUGUCCUGAGGGUCACGGGCUGAACAUUCAAUGUGGCUCAUCGAUCACAGAUGAUACUAAGAUAGAAUGUGUCCAAUGCAAAGAAACCGAGACCUACUCCGACAGCCAUGGAGUGGAAAGCUGCAAACCCUGUCAGGACUGCGGUCAACGAAAUGUCCUUCAAGAAUGCACCUCAGACCAAAAUCGCAAAUGUGGACGUAAAUGUCCCAAAGGGUAUUUCUUUGAUGGCCACAUCACUGAUUGCAGAGAAAAUACGCCAGCAACAGUCUCAACCACGACUUUGUCAAUAGAGCCUACUCCUAGCAUCUGGCCACAACUUUCAUCUCCAAUGGGCGGUGGCUCGUCUACAGCAAUUACAGCGUCUAUGAAGGUUUUAUUCUCUCUAAAAAGUGCUACCUCGACAAGUUUAGCGUCGACUCCAAGCAUAAAGCCACAGCGUUCAUCGAUGAUAAGCGUUUUUUCUGCAGAAAUUCCAGGGUUUAUUGAAGUUCCACUGUUAGUAGUAAACCGUUCCUCUACAAGCCGCGUAGAAUCCACGCUGGGCAUCAUGCCACAACCAUCGUCAUUGUAUCGUGGAAGUGUAUCAACUUCGAUUCCUGGAAGUAUAGAAGUUCUAUUGCCAGAAGGAAACGUCGCCUCUCCAAGCGUCUCGGCGAAACAAAAUACAACUCAGAGACGGAAAGGCAAAACUUUGUCAUUGGUGCGGUAUAUAUUGGGAAUAAUAGCAACGAUAGUUUUGAUCGUCACCUUUACAAAGACUGUAAGAGUUUGCUGGAUAAAAUGCAGAAUGUCUAAGAAGACAAAGCCAGAACAGACAGGUAGGAUUAAACCAAAAUAAACGACAAUAGGAAUAGCGUUAGUGAAGGGCUCCACAUAUUCUAAGCGACGAGGGGUCUUGGCCUAGAAACCCUCUUGAGUGACGUGGGUGGGAUCCAUUACGGGUUAGUUCGCAAUAUUUUCGGAACAUUUUCCUCCUCAACUCGACAGAUAUCAUGAUAGAAGCCCGAGUCUCCAACAAUUAGCCCACUCUGUUUUCUUUGAAAUGGAAAGUUUAAGCACAGGGAACUGAAUCUUUUUUACGUGGUCGACUCUUUGAGGAUAGAACAGAUUAUGGACAUCAUAUCAAGCCAAAUAGAAUGAGCAAAAGGAGACUUUAUCGUUCAUGGCUUGCUCACUUUUUGACCGUUUCCACUCACGAGGAAUGCAGAUCGUUUACAAAAUGAUUUUGAACUUGUUGUUGCAGAUCCUGCUGGAAUACCACUAAACCCCUUACGAUUCACUGAGAAUUCACCGAGCCGCUCUUUGCCAGGUAAGAUUAUAAUGCUGAUAAUUUUCUAUUCGUUUACAGAGAAAUCGGCUGAUACCGUAGACCUGAUCGGAGUUCUAAUUUCCAAAUUACGUUACAGCUACUCAGCUAGUUGGCAAACGUUAAAUUCUCUGUAAAUCUUCUUCACUGUAUUGAAAAUUACUACUUCCUUUCCUCUUCGAACCUCUCCGUGUUCUUUAUGACCUACCACAACUUUCCAAACAGUUUUUGAGAACUCUUUGCCGGCUUCAAAAGGGUUACACAAUUGUCCCCAAGAAUAUUGCUUUUAUUGUGUGAUUAGUAUUACUAGUAAUCACAUCAGUUUUUUCCACUUUUUAUUCUCAGAAACCAAGAUAAACGUUAGCUCUUUUCAGAGCAACUCUGGCUCUGCUGAAAGUUUAAUGGCUUCGCAAGGAACUGAGUCCUUAGAAGGUGGGUGGUUCAAAAUUUUCACGUGCCUAUUUACCAAGUUUAUUUGAUUUUCUUUAGCGCUCAGAUAAAUGGAAACCAAAACACCACUAAUAUUUCCCUGUGAAAUUGCCUUCUUGAAUUCUUUUUGUCUCUGUUUGACCAGAAUCGUAACAGUUAGACACCUGUGAAACAGUUCUCUGAACAAAGCCCUUCAUUUGGCGCAGUUCUUCAUCAGUGCUGUUGCCCCUUCUCUAAUAUUCAACGCAAUUUUAAUUUUUUUUUCAUUUUUUCAACAAAACUCAAACAAAAUGCCUAAUAUUAACCGUUAGUUUUGACGAGGGCCAAACUGGAUGAAUCACAUACACUCUCUUCCCUAUUAUUAUACCUUUCCAUUAAUGUAAUAAUCCCCGGCAACUGGAAAAGCUAAAUUGCCAGUGAAUUCACUAUAAUUAAAUUCAUUCAAUUACAGUCCGCCAUGAUGGCCAAGGAGACGGCAAAGAUUGUGUUCUUACGGGUGACAUCCCUGAAGGUAUGUAAAUGAGUGACAAUUAAUAAAUCCCCGUCCUUUGAGUGUAAGAUCAAUGUUAUUAGCAACUUAAGAACCCUAAAGAUUGCUCUUUCGUUAUAUUAGACUUCAAGCUCGCCGACUUUCCAUAUGAUGUCGUGGAUUUUAUUCUGCAACUAGAUUCUGAUUCCUCGCCAGUUCAAAAGAACUGGAAACAUGUCGCUCACGAGUAUGGAAUUACCAAACAAGACAUUCAGCUGUUGGAGAUAGAGAGCAGGAAACCAGGAGUCAGCGCAAUAAGGCUUUUGAUUGGAAAGUUGUGCAGUUUCAAAUGUGCGACUCUAAAAGAGUUCGUAGACGUCCUUCAGGAGCUGGAACGCAACGAUGUUGCCAGUGACAUUAUGGACUGGUUUAGGAAAAAACAGGAGAGAUGUUCAGAGGAGGGUAAGAAUUGACAAUACCCAAGAGGUUGCUGGACUCUAAGAACGGUGAUAGUUGAUAGUUAUUAGGUCGGUCUUGUAAAUAACGUAACUGAUUUUGUGUAUUUAGUAAAAUCAAAGUGAUCUAAACAUAUUUUUAGAAAGUAGGGAUACACGUUGUCCGAGAGAUUUUGUUUUAAGAUUAGAUUACAGAAUCUUUUCAAUCAGGUAUUUUGAAGAUUUAAGCAAUUUUACAUAAUUUUUCUAGGUUUUUGUAACCUUUUUAAUUAUUGCUCGUAGUUGUAAAGUUGUAAAUAAUUUUAGGUAACGUUCUUAAGCGCAAUUGAGGACGAAGUUUUUUUUUUUUAUGUUGUGUAUGGUCAGAGUUUCUUUAUUGUAGGAAAAUAUGCCGGUAUUCUGUAUAUCUGAAUGUUUCAAAUUUCAAACAGGCCAGUGGUAUAGAACACGGAAGGUUGUCUGAAGUUAUCUUUCCUUAUGGUAUUCCUUAAAGUACUAUGAGAGGUUAAGAAAAUACUGCAGCCUAAUUCGCUUGGCAUUGCUUGAUCUCACAUUGAGAAGAAAGUAAGCACUGCGUGCUGAAUCUACUUUAACAAGGAUGUUUUCGAUUUUAUGCAUGCUCUGAGGUCAUCCUGUAUGUGACCAGCAGAAGUUUUAAACUUGGCUUAAUUAGUCAGGUUAAUUACUUUUCAAUCGAGUGUCGAUGUCAAUUGGCUUGUUGAUAUUUUCAUCGUGUCGUCGAGAAAUUCGCACCACCACAUAGCCAGAUGCAAAACUGAAACCAAUCGCGACUUAGUAAAAGGAAUUUUUCCAAGAGUACAAAGCAGCUCUAAUGCGUUAAUUUACAGACUUUCAGCUCUCUCACAGGUUUCUCAGUUUUGACGUUUAAAUUAAAGUUGUUUGAUUGGCCACUGUGAGUACUUUGCUUUUGAUUUUACGACCCGCAAUUAAAAAAUUCCUUCUCAGUGAUCAAUUCUGAGGUAAUAAUGAGUUUUGUGUCAUUGUAGUUAAUCUUUUCUAGUUAAGUAUUGGGGCAUACCUUGGUGACGUUUCCUGGGAUGCUUCUUCUAUAACCCCUAUGUGAGGUUACUUUUUUUUUUUAAUUUUUUUGCUAUCACUUCUGUACAAAACUUACACUUCAGGUUUUCAAAAACAGACAAAUCCGACGAAACCUUUAAAAAAUCCAAGCUACGCCCCCAUUUGUAACCUGUGCUUGCCCG